CCGGAACUAGAUAAAUUUUGGACAAAUAAUAAUUAUUAUUAUUAUAGUACAGUAAUAAGUUGUAAAAUCAACUCAUCACUCACAAUUAUGCUUUACUCUUGAACUUCUUCUGUGUCUCUGGCUUUUAAUGAUUACACGUUUUCUGUAUUCUAUGUGAGAAAGCAAAACAGUUGCAUAAAUUCGGAUUAUAUGCAUUUACAAGCUUUAAUUAUUCAGCUUUUUGUGCAAAACACUCUGUGAUAAGAAGAAGUUUUGAGGAAGUUGAGAAAUUUUAAAAAUAUAUACACGUGAUUUGUGGAAAUUACAUCUCAACUGCUAUUACUAUAACUACCACUCACAUUAAAAGAUAUUUCUUUGAAUGGAUAUAAUUUAAUGUUAUCAUUGUCUGUGAAGUUAUUCCCCUCGUAAAUGAUGAUAAUAUUCGUAUAUACAAAAUCAGGAAUUAUUAUUAUUAUUAUACUUGAUAAUAAGUAUUACAAUGGAAAAUAAUACUACAAAUCAUAUUACAGAUACUUCUAGUGUAAAUUUGAAAACUACCAAUGAAAAAAUUCAACGAAAUUAUGCUGAAUUCAACCAAUCAUGGGGUAGAUUCAAUGACAUAAUUAAACAAGUAAAGCAAGAGUGUUUGGAAAGAGUGACAAACUUGGAACAUGAAAAUUCAGUUCUUCAGCAACGUUAUAAAGAACUUGAAGAACGAGUGUUACCUCUCACAACAUCAUUAAAUGAACAAGAAUACCUCAAAGAAUUCUUGAAAUUUUUAUGCACUUCUCAAAUCAAUGCUAAUGUGAACUUAACAGAAACACAAAAUGGUGAUUCUAAGAACUCAGAUGCAAUUGAACAACUUACCAGUCUUUUACUUUACACGAAUAUUACUCAGAAAGAUAUUCUAAUGAACUGUCAUCAAUUACAUCAGAGAGUAGCUCAACUAGAACAAAUCAAUUCUAUUUUAUGCUCCAUUAUUUGUGAUGGUGGAUUUAUUUCAUCGCUGGAUAAAAUUCGUAAAACAGAUCAUGGUAAUUCCUCUUUGAAUGAAACUCAGACAACAGGUGAAGAACAAUCAACUCCAGGGAAUACAAGAACACAUUUAAAACUAUCAGAUAUAUUCUGUAAAAUAAAUGAUUCAUUAAAAUCUUUUGGAAUAUCAAGUCACUCUGCAUCACAUUCCUAUUUUCAUGAUUCUAUAAAAGAAAAUCAUGAGUUGCAAAAAGCCUUUCUACCUGUACAUACUACUGAUAAUACUGAAAUGAAUACAAUAAAUGACUCUCACAACAAUAAUAUUAAUUUAUUUCAUUCCACGCUAAAUUCACUGAAUAAUUCCCCGACAAGACAAUCUACUAGUAGUAAUAACAACACUAUUAAUGUACAGAAUCUUUCACAUGAUUUUCACGGAUACACUUAUCCAACCAACUGUACAAUUCAAAAUACUGGUCUGUAUUUAAAUAAAGAUUUAACUGGAUCAUGUUCGAGUACAAUCACCAGUGGUCUUCAGUUGAACAAGGUAAUUACAUUUGUGUUUUUUCGAUCUGUAUUCCUCGUGACUGCUAAAUACAUUUAAGAGAGAGAAGGAGAU